AUGAUUUGGAUUGGACGACCGCCGGAAAUUAUGGCGCCAUGGAUCAUCAAAAAAGAGGGGCUGAAAAUCAUUAUGAACAAGAAUGCGCCCGAUGAUUUCAGUUUAGCAGCAAAUACGGUAAGAUUGGGGAGGGGGGAUCUUUCAAGAGGUACAGUACCCCAGGGAAUGGAGGUACAAAAACGGUGUCAACUACAAAAUCAAAGCACAUAAAUAGUGCUGUAUUUUUGUAGUUGACAACUUUUUUGUACCUCCAUUCCCUGGGGUACUGUAGCUCUGGAAAGUUGGGGAGAAAUUGGAAGGUGCCAAAGGGAAGCCUUGUUUCAAACAGCUACAGUAGCCCAGGAAGUGAUCGGAUCAAUAAGUUGCCAACUACAAAAAUGAAGAACACAAUUAGAACUUUAUUUUUGUAGUUGACAAUUUUUUGAUCUGACCACUCCCUGAAGUACGGUAUCGCGUGGAAGUUAGGGCACCCAAAGUGUCUGCCAAAAGUGCUCCAACUUCCAAGAGCUACAGUACCCCCAAGGAAGUCGCGUACAAAAAAGUGAUCAACUACAAAAGUACAGUAUUAAAUGUCAAGAUUUCAGAACGCACUAGUUACUAGGACAUCUGUAAAGGUGGACAAGGACGACGACAAUCCGGCGAACGCGUUGAUCUCCAGACGUCGCGUCUUCGGACGUUACGCCGUUUUGGGCUCACAAAGAGCCGAAGUGCUCGCUUUUAAGCAGAUCAAAAAAGUGCGUUUCACGACGGAAAUGUGCGAGUUUGUGUACAAUCUCAAACAGUUGCAACACGACAAUCUCACCAAACUCUAUGGAGUUUCGGCCAAUGACUCUAAAAAUUUCACGUUUUUGUAUACUCUUGUGGAGAGAGGCACUUUGGAGGUUCGUUGCGUAUCUCGUGAACUAUUGUUGAUAUCAAAAAGUUGUCAACUGAAAAAAUGUUGGCAAUGUUGUGCUCUACAACUUCGUAGUUGAACAUUUUGCUCUAAAAUGCUUCGUUUUCAAGUUAUGAGUAAUUUUCUAGCGACUUUUGCUUUCCUGGCCCCAAAAUUCAGGUCGCUUUCAGAAAACUAUUUAUAACUCAAAAAUAACUCGAUUUGGAACAAAGUGUUCAACUACAAAGUUUUAGAGCAUAAAAUUUACAACAUUUUUCCAGUUGACAACUUUUUGAGACCUACAAUAGUUCUUGAGAUAUACCACUUCAAACAGCAAACUUAUUUGUUUCAAGGAAUUCUGUCUGGACCACGAAUUCAAUAUGGACGAAACGUUCAAAUCGGCGUUCAUGAGAGAUAUUCUGUCGGUGAGCAAGUGCGCUCCACCGAGAAUUCGAAUUUUUUUCCAUUUUCAGGGUCUCAAAUACAUCCACAACACACAAAUCAAAAUGCACGGCUUGUUGACGGCUGCCACGUGUCUCAUCGACGUGAAUUGGGUUCUGAAACUGUCACUUUGUGGAGUUUGCAACUUUGUUCGGGAUUUAUGGGACGGGGGGUACAUUGAAACCGACGCACAGCUCACUAUAAAAAGUUGGUUGACCUAUAGAAGCGUACAAUAGUUGCUUUUGAUCGACAAACUUCAAACGACUAUUGUAGACUUCAACGUUGUCCUUUUGUUCUAGAAAUUGUUUUGCGAAAUGUUCACGUCUUGUACUUUAAUUUUUCAAUUGGUCACUUUUUUGUAGAACCACUCCCUGGAGUACUGUAGCUCUUAGAAGUUGGAGUACGAUUGGCUUGCACUUUGGGAGCCCUAACUUCUAAGAGCUACAGUACCCCGGGGAGUGACGGUAGAGGAAAAUGAUCAACUACAAAAAUAAAGUGCGCAUUUUGAACUCUAUUUUUGUACUUGACCACUUUUUUGUACGUUCACUCUCUGGGGUACUGUAGCUCCUCGAAGUUAGGGCACAAUUGGCAGGCACUUUAUGAGCCAUAACUUCCAAGAGCUACAGUACCCUUAGAAGUGGUCCUACAAAAAAAUGCACAAUUGAACAACUAAAGUACUAGACGUGAAGAUUCACCAGAAAAACAGCUUAGAGCUGUAGGACAAGUAAGAGCUCUACAAUAGCCGCUCAAACUUGACCCAAUCGAUCAUUUUCAGUCAACUUUCAACAGUACGCCUGUUUAGCGCCGGAACACCUGAAAGAGUACGAAGACGAGAUGUUUGACGGCGAUAAAAUACUUCGCGGAAGUCCGAAAGGCGACUUUUAUUCGGUCGGCAUGAUAUUCUACAUGAUGAUCCAGCGAACCGGGAUAUUUCCCAUCCCCAGCGGCAGCGGCGUCGUGAAAGAGUGUACAUUUGUUUCUUCAAAGUUUUCCAGCCAAAAAAUGGGUUACAGCAAGUGUCCUUAGACAAGUUAUCAAUGAAAAUUUGAUGCCAGUGAUCAGUGACAAGUCGGGCGACGAAAUGCCACUUUUGGAAGUGUGCAAACAGUGUUGGAACCGCGAUCCGGAGAAGAGACCCGGGUUUCGGGCUCUUGAGGACGCGAUUUCGAGUGUCUAUCCGUUUGCGUACGUUUUUCGGCUUGGAAGACGUCGGAAGAUUCUGAAAAUUGUUUUGUGAUAUCUUCACGUCUAGUACUUCAACUUUUCAGUUGAUCACUUUUUUGUACGACCACUCCCUGGGGUACUGUAGCUCUUCGAAGUUGGGGUAUAAUCGAUUUGCACACCAAAACUUCCAAGCGCUACAGUAGUCCAGGGAGUGGUCGUACAAAAAAGUUGUCAAUUACAAAAAUACAGUACAAGAUGUGCGCUUUAAUUUUACAGUUGACAAUUUUUUGAUCGGACCACUUCUAAAAGUACUGUAGCGCGUUAAAUUGACAGCUGUCUGUCAAAAGUGCCCGCCCAGCUUCUAAGCGCUACAGUACCCCCAGGAAGUGGUCGUAGAAAAAAGUGAUCAACUACAAAAAUACAGUACCAGAUGUGCGCUUCAAUUUUACAGUUGACAACUUUUUGAUCUGACCACUUCUAAAAGUACCGUUGCGCGUUAAAGUGACCGCUGUCUGUCAAAAGCGCCCCCAACUUCCAAGCGCUACAGUACCCCCAGGAAGUGGUCGUAGAAAAAAGUGAUCAACUACAAAAAUACAGUACUAGACAUGUAGAUUCUAGAUAAAAAAAUUUUCAGUACAAAAGAAGGUCGAACCAUUCGCUAAUAGUCCAUGUCCGACAAAUGUCGGGUUUUUAGCGCUUUUUUCAACAAAAUGGCUUUUAGAAGACUGAAAGUUCUAAAUUGCAACAAUAAAAUCACUUUUAGACAAGGAAAUCUCGUGGAUCAACUGAUUCGAAUAAACGAGAGGCAAGCGGACGCGCUGGAGGACAUUGUCGCCGCCAAAACGGUCGAUUUGAUGGGGGCUCAGGAGCGAACGAUGCGCCUGUUGAAUGAAAUGCUCCCGGCGUGAGUUUCAGCACUUUUUCUGGUAUUUUCCAGACACUUUUGCUUAUUUUACAACUAGUUUUGACUAUUUUUCAACACCGACAACAAGAUUAAUCCAGAAGCAUCGCAAAAGACCUUCGAAACGGGAUCAUAAAACCGCCACGUGGCUACGAGUCGGCGACGGUAAUGUUCGUCCAAAUAUGCGAUUUCAUGACGAUCAUGAAACGGUCGCAACCGCAAGAAGUCAUCCUUUUCCUCAACGACAUCUUCGAUCAAUUCGACGCGGUUCUCAAGCAACACGACGCCUAUAAGGUAGAGUUUCAAUAUUCAAAGCGACAUAUCUCGGUUGUGGAUGAAGAUAUUGAAACGGUGUCAAUUGCAAAAAUGUGCAAAAUUUGAUGGAGAACAUGUUUGUAGUUGAUAACUUUUUGAUAUCUUGCACCGCAGCUGAGCUAUGAUGUCGGGAAUGCAUGGCUUGGAACUUGAGCACCAAUGUUCAUUCAAAACCAGUUAUCUCAGCUGUCGUAAGAGAUAUCAAAAAAGUGUUAACUACGAAAAUGUUCACCAAGAUAUUGUGUACAUGUUUGUAGUUGCCAAUUUUUUGAUAUCUUAAACUACAACUGAGAUAGAACGUUUUAAAAACAAGGUGCCUUUUUUCAGGUGGAGACAACCGGUGAAACGUACAUGGUGGCGAGUGGUGUACCCCACGAAAACGGUGGACGUCACAUAAUAGAAGUGGCCGAGAUUAGUCUGAAGAUCCGUGAACUAUCGUACGGCUACAAGUUGGCCCAUUUGAAGGAGUACAAGCUUCGAAUUCGAAUCGGUUUCCACGCGGGACCCAUAGCCGCCGGCGUGAUCGGAAUCCGCGCGCCCAGAUAUUGUCUGUUCGGUGAUACGGUCAAUUUUGCGUCGCGAAUGCAAUCAAAUUGCCCACCGAAUCAGAUUCAGACGAGCGAAAUCACGGCGAGACUGCUAAUUCCCACAAACGAGUAUAAACUGGUGAAGCGAGGAAUUGUGCACGUCAAGGGAAAAGGUUAGAGAUGGAUAAUAUCGGAAAACAUUCUAUUGUAUGUUUAGGCGAAGUCAACUGCUAUUGGCUCAAUGAGCACAUCCACGAAGACCGUCUUCACCAUUCUUGA